CAGAGUUUCGUCAUCCGCGCAUCAAUCGAACGAACGUUCGAUCGAUCGAUCGAUCGAUUGCGGAUCGAUCCAAGGCGUCUCGCCACAGCCACAACGGUCCUGGCCACAUUGUCACCAAUUGUCGAUUAGCGUUUCGUGUGCGGUGGCCAUCGCGGCAUUUAUCAACAUCUAUAACAGCAAGAAGAGAAAAAAGUGUGCUGCUCGAAGCGAAGCGGGGGGAAAAAAACUCAAUUAGUGGUCCGUUCGAUAGUGCGAUAGUCCGGGUUCUAUAGUGACCGCGCCAUUGCGCGAUUCUACCGGAGUGUGAAUUCAGGCCGCACACACACACACACACACACACACACACACACAUUGGCUUGGUUGGUGCAGUUUGCGGAUAAAGAAAAGGAGCAAGUGAACGGAACGUCGCCAUCGGCCUUCGGGAAAGAGUGGACGAGCAACAACAACGCCAACAACGCCAACAACAGGCCAAGGGAAACGGGCGCCAAAAAGAUGUACCCGCUGCUACUCUGUGCCGGCCUUUUCGGUCAGCUGUUUGUGCAUUUGACGGUCGGCGAGCAUUUGGUGGAGUUCGUCUCCAACUAUCAGCGUGCAGCAGAGAUCGAUUACUCGUUCCGGUAUUACAUCGAUCAUCCACCGACGGGCGUAUCGCUGGAUCACUGGGAGAAUCGGAAGGGAGACUACGUGCACGGUGGUUACGGUGUCCUUGAGCCGGGAGGAUACGUCCGUACGGUGCACUACGAGGUUGAAGGUGACAGUGGCUUCCGCACGGUCAUCAAAACAACGGCCCCGGGAAGCUCUCAGCAGUACAACAUACACAGCGUCGGCCGGAAGACGCCACCACCGCAGCCCCUGUGGAACACGAAACCCGUGGCAUUCGUCCAGGGGAAUGCCCAUAAACCAUAAAGCGACCGACCGAGCGAGGAUCUCCGAUCAGCGGUGACAUGAAAACGCAGCUUCGAAGACAGUAACAGAGCGUCUUCUUGUGGUAUUUCUGCUGGAAUGGGUGUCUGUGGAAUAUCUGUCUGUUUAGCCAUAUUUAGCGGUUAAGAGUUAAUAAAGAUCGU